AUUGAGUCCCAACUUUUUUUUUUACUUGGCAGGAAUUCGGAGACGGUCGAUCAUGAAAACGUUGAUUGCUUUACAUCCGCACUUUUGAAGAGCGGAGGGCAGGGGAUGGGAGGGGGGAAAGUCUUUGUUUAAGCAACAAGAACAAAAAAGUUUUAACUGUUAAAAGUUUUCGAAAACUUUUCGAAACUUUUUCAAAAGUUUAGUAUUUAUUAUUAUUUUAUUUCUGUGCCCUUUCAAUUCGCGUACAAGCCUGCCAUGGAUCCGAAUCCUAUCCCGCCACCGGGUCAGACGAUCGUCCGGGUGCUGGGGGACUCGGAGACCGACCUGGAAGCUUUAUUCAACGCUGUGAUGAAUCCGAAACCGGGCACCGUCCCACACCAGGUGCCCAUGAGAAUGAGAAAGCUCCCCGAGUCGUUCUUCAAGCAGCCCGAUUCGGGAUCCCACUCCAGGCAGUCGAGUACGGACUCCAGCAAUAACUUGCCUCAACUGCAAGUUCAACACAUCCGCUCCCACUCCUCUCCUGCCUCGCUGCCAGUCAGCGCUAACCCUAACCCGCAGCAAUACGGACAUCUCCGGCAGCAAUCGUUCGAUAACAUCGAUGAUGUCCCCUUGCCCCCGGGCUGGGAGAUGGCCAAGACCCCAUCGGGCCAGAGAUACUUCCUAAAGAGGAAACCGGAGCACCCGGAGAAAACCCACGUGUCACAGGGAGAACAUACAAAAUCCGUACAGACAGCACAAGUGGUCAGGAUCGAACCCAGCCAUGUAGACAGGAUAACAACAUGGCAUGACCCACGGAAGACCAUGAGCCAGAUGAAUCUAAACACAGCCGGGACAUCAAACCAGAUGCAGCAGAGGUCCAUGGCCGUGCCUCAUCCGAAUCCAGUGAUGAACCAACAGCAGAUGACACCAAACACCACUGUGACCCCCUCCGGCAUGCCCUCCCAGAAUCCUCGGCUGGCCAUGAUGAGUCUCUCCAGCGCCUUGACGGUACAGCAGAAACACCAGCAGAAGAUGCGGCUCCAGCAAAUCCAGAUGGAGAAAGAAAGGAUCAAGCAUCUGCAGCAGGAACUCAUGAGACAGGAGAAGGCCUUAUAUAAUCAGAUACCCAAUCAGAUUCCCAUUGAAUCAGACAACCUCCCCGCAGCCCAGAAUGCUGUCUCUACACCAGCGAUGACGCAGGAGAUGCACGCCAUCACCAACAAUGGCUCUGAUCCCUUCCUCAACAGUGGACCAUACCACUCACGGCAGGCAAGUGCAGACAGUGGCUUAGGACUGGGAAGAACACCUGAAGACUUCUUGGGGCAUGUGGAGGAAAUGGAUACAGGUGAUAUGGGCCAGACUGCGAUGACUACAAAUCAGCCCAGCCGCUUCCCUGACUUCCUGGAUUCCCUGCCUGGAACCAACGUGGAUCUCGGGACCCUGGAAGGCGAGGACCUGAUGCCAAGCCUGCAGGAGCCCUUUGGCUCGGACAUCUUGCCUGAUGUGGAGUCCAGCCUCAAUCCUAAAGAGACUUUCCUCACUUGGUUGUAAUCACUGCAGGAAGCGAGAGGAAGGAAGGAAGAUAACUAAAAUGGAGAUUGAGAUGGAGUUACCUUUUCUGCUUGGAUCAGAGGCAGAAUGCCUCAAGUAGUGCUUUUUUGUUUGCCUGACAACUUUCAUGUUCGUCCCUACAACCCAAAGUGGUAUAUGCUUGUCAUUUAACUAAAGGCGGCUAGCAGUACUUUAUAUGAACUAUAUCCUAGAACUAUCUCAAUGUCUUUGGCCUUCCACAUAAUCAUGGGAUUAACCUUUAGUAGAAGAUCAAAGAUUCCACUGCUUGACCUGUCUUGCAUGGCCAAAUGGAUGAUUCUUUUUCCAUAUUAUAAUAUUAUUAUAUUAUUAGCAACUAAAGGAGGUUUGAAAAACUGAACCUAAGAGAUUGACUAUUUGUUUUGUGAUUGGAAGUCUCUUUGGUUCAAUGUUGAAUGGAAGGUUGGGUGGGGAAGGAUUGGGAUAGGGUGGGGGGAGGGGGGAAGGUUAUUCAUACUCAAGUGGUUAUUUUGGUGAUCUUUUAUCAGGAGAUUGAAGUGAUGCCAAGGACUUCUCAUCUAUUUAACAUGAACAGAGCUUUAAAAUUGUUUGUAUUGUUCAAUAUAUAAAAUAAUGUACAAAAGGAGGGCAAAUAUGGAGUCCAAAGUUUGGUCGCCAUGACGAUAGUGUCCAUUUGCACAUGAGGCCCUUCUGGUUGUUCAUGUUGCAAGUAUAUAUUACUCGUCAUCUAUUACUUAUUUCUCAUGACUUAGAUGCCAAUGUCGAUAGACUUAUCACUAUCAAACAUCUUACCUUUGCCUGUCAUAUAUAGUGAAGGUGUUAACCAUUUAAAACUAUCUUUAACACCACUGUGGAAAGGGUAGACAGGGGAAUAGGGAGUAAGUUUGCUGAAACCCUUCAUUUCACCUUUAGCUUCUAGGCAUCUCAAUUUUCAAAGCUUUGAGAAUAUAACAUAGCCAAAUUUAAUGGUAGUCCCUCAUAGUUUGUUGUUAUAAUACUACGUGCUGUAAAAAUAGACUUUUGCAAAGAAAAAGCUAUCACAUUUUUAUCAAGUGGCAAUUUAAAUCAUUUUUUAAGAAAACCUUUUUUUUAAUUAUUAUUGUAAGGAACUUGGAUUUUGGAUUUUUAACACAUUGAAUACUCGAAUUGUUAUACUGUAAAAAAAAAAAGAAAGAGUUGGAACUUGGAAUGACAAAGAGGGAAAAUGGUGUGAUGGGUUGGGAAAGGCCAGUAAGGAACAGGAUGUAUUGUGCAAGUUGGGAGUGGAAAGUGAUGUUGGAUUUGUAGCUUUGUUGUUCUGAGUUGUGGGUCAAAGUCCUCAUGGAGGUGCCCUCAUUACAAAAUAAGACUUGAUACCCAGGCUUUGAUACAGUCUGAAGGAACUUACAACGCCACUUGGCCAUCCCUGAUUCCUUUUCGCAGGGAAGUGGGUCAGGAACUCCAGUGGGAAGCGCGGGAGAGAGUGGCUGAUGUAAAAUGAAUUUGUGGUAAUUGUUAAUCAUUCGUUUUGACGACAGGAGGAGAGGUCGGGCCUGGCAAUGCAGUCUGUAGCACCGAGAGUUCAAUUCCUGAUGCUUGAGACUGCAUUACGAACUCUAUGAGCCCGGUAUUGUAGCUGCUCUUGUGUGUCUGUGUCUGUGUCUGUGGAUAGAUGCAAAAAGCUGGAGUAACUCAGCGGGCCAGGCAGCAUCUCUAGAGAAAAGAAAUAGGUGACGUUAACGGGUCGAGACCCUUCUUCAGGCUGUGUCCAUCUAAGUGACAGACCCAGUAUAAAGCAUGGGCGUGGGAUUACCUUUACCCCUUGUGCUUGUCCCCCACCUCCCUUUUAAUCCUGAGUAGUUGGAGGAAGGUCUCUAAAUGGAAAUAAUGCAUAAUUGGACAGAGAAAGUCAAUGAGGUUGCUGCGUGCAUUUUGUUAGCCAUUUUUUCUGCGGUUUGUUCACAGGACCCUCUGUAAGCAAAAUAUCCCUGGAUCGGGCAAUGCAUAAACAUUGGACUCUAAGAGUUGUCUGAAGGUACAUUGGAUCUCUGAGCCAAUAUGCCAUCACCCCAAGCUUGGCCACUAACUCCUGCUCCCUUCCCUUGGUUGCAUGCGUUUCUGGAGGUGUGUGGUGUUUUGAUAGGAGGGGUUGCAUUGGAACUUGUGGCAGUGAGGAGUUGCAAACAAGGAAGGAAAUCACUUCAUGUUCACUUUGGCCAGUGGUGGGAGUGGUAAUGAGGUAUUGAUGAGUGUGGGUGUCGGGAGGGGAGGUGGGGUAGGGUGUGGGGGGGAGGAAUAGACUUCAGGCUUGGGGUUAUUCCUGGGCUAUCGUUUCCUCCCAGCCAGAGGUGAAAGGACAGAAAAUGGGGAGUAGCCAGACACCAAAUAACUGUCCUCACUUCUCUAAUAUAACCUGAAUUUAUCAAUCUUUGUUCAUAUCUGGGAUGCUCUUUCCUGACAGAAUUGGCACUGUGUCUGAUUUUUUAAAAUAUAUAUAUAUAUAUAAAAAAGCUUGGAAUCUUAAUGUGAGUUGAGUGAAUUGCACUUUUAGACCUUAAUAGUAAACUAGUUUCUCUUAUUAUUGUAAAUUUGUGUUAAUCAACUGACUUUUUAGUAUCUCAUACUGAAUUCUGCUGUUGCUUCUGCUUUAUCAAUGUAUACUCGAAUCUGGGCAGUAAGGAGGAUCUUUGAAUCAAACAAUCUGAGCUGUCUGGGGCAUUCAUGUAACCUGAGAUAAUUCUCACCUUUAAAUGCAGGUGCAACCUCCUCUCUGAUGGAAAUUGGGUUGAGGUUCCAGAAAUUAUCCAGAAGAGUGAGAAUUGCUGGUUGUCCCUUUGUAUACUGACUGGGGCACAAUAUAUUCCAGAGCUUGUAGUAAGGGGGGAGUCGAUAGUCAUUGGGCACAGAGGUUGUUUUUUGGAUUUGAGUUUGCGUGCUCUCCCUGUGACCGUGCGUGGGUUUCCUCCGGGUGUUCCAGUUUCCUCCGCUCUCCUCCCACAUCCCAAAGACGUGCAGGUUUGCAGGCUAUGUGUUGGAAGGAACUGCAGAUGCUCGUUUACACCGACAAUUGAUGCAAAAUGCUGGAGUAUAACUCGGCGGGUCAGGCAGCAUCUCUGGAGAAAAGGAUAAGGUGGCCUUUUCUUCUGAGUUGCUGUCUCACCCGCUGGUUUACUCCAGCAUUUUGUGUCUACCUUUGGCUUCGUAGGUUAAUUGGCCGCUGUGAAAUUGCCCUCAAUGUGGAUGCGAAAGUGGAAUGACGUAGAACCGGUGUGGGUGGGCGAUCGAUGGUCGGCAUGGACUGGGUGGGCCUGCUUCCAUGCUGUGUCUAAGAUGACCCCACCUCAAUGCUUUCUAUUAUUUCCAGUGAAUGGAUAAUGAUAGGACAACUGGCAGCCAGUACUCAGCGGAUCAUGCCGCCCGCCCGCAUCUCUGGAGAAAAAGGAUGGGUAAUGUUUCGGGUUGGGACCAUUUUUUCGCCAAUACUGGGACCUGGCAGAAGAAAGUGAAGGCCCGUUUCCCCCCAGGGCAAUAAUGAGAAGCUGCAUGGAAGGCACAACAUGGGAUUUGUAAAAUAACAAUGCAGAGAGGAACAGAUGAGAAAGUUAGGACAACAACAAUAUUUUAGGUGUAAUUUUGGAUGAUCUAGGAAAGGAGUGUUGGAGGCACCAGGAACUGCAGAUGCUGGAAACCUGAGUGCAACACAAAGCGCUGGAGUAAGUCAGCGUGUCAGGCAGUAUCUGUGGAGCGAAUGGAGGAGUGGAGAAGGUGUGGAGCUAAUUUUCAAAAUGGACAAGUUCUGCUUGCCAGAAAACCAGUCUAAGUCUGUGAGGACGUAAUCGGUAACUGGGACUGUCAAUUAAAACAAAUAUUAUUUCUAUUACACUGCAAGCAUUUCCGAUGCUCAAUCUAUUCGUACAGUAUGCAAGUGUAUCUUGUUUGUGUCCUUAUUUUUUGAACUUGGGUUAUUUUGUACUGAGAUGUGUGAACUUUGCCUGUAGCUGGGUAAACAUACACGUUGUAUGUAAACACAGUUCAGUUCUGGUUUAAAUCCUUGCAGUCCUGUACUACAAGCUUUAAAAAAAAUAAAUAUAAUUGGAUUUCA